AAAGUCCAGUGUCCUGACCGUUAGACCUUGUGUCUAUAUUUCGGAAAAGUAAAAGUUAUCCAAAUACAAGAGCGAAAGAGUGAUUUUAUUUCAUCAAGCACGAUUCUCAUUUCUCGCCGGUUAGCACCCAAAAACCCUUAUGAGAAGAACCCUGUUGAAGCCUCUUUAUCCCGGCUCUCUAUCCCGUCUGCAAUCUCCACUUUUAUCUAGUCCCCACAGAAAUGUUGAGUCACCGCCAAACCCUCCUAAACUGUUAUCCAACCCAAUCUCCAUUUCCUCCUCCAGGUUCAUAUUCACUCCGAGUUAUCUUCCUCCUCCCGAGUGGAUAGAGCCCUUUUUUAAAGUCUCUGGUUUAGCCUCAAUAUUUCCUCGAGACUUGCAGCCAUCUCCUUGGGUAAGCAAAAUUGUCAAUCUUUUAGAUGGUUCUUCUAACAUGGAAUUAAAUUUAUACUCGUUUUGCCACAAGUUCUCGAUCCAGUUGUCUCCAAAUUUUGUUGCUUUUGUUUUAGCUUCUGUUGAGGUUCAAAACAAACCUGAUGUUGCUUUGAGGUUCUUAACAUGGGCUGCUAAGCAAAAGAAAUAUACCCAUAAGCUGGAAUGUUAUGUUUCUAUGAUAAAUGUUUUAGCUUUAGAAAAUGAUUUGGCAAAAGUAAGAUUCUUAUUUGGUCAACUUAAAGAAAUGGGGUCUGUAAUGACAAUGUCAUCAGCAAAUUCUUUGAUUAAGAACUGUGGGGGACUUGGGAUGGUAGAGGAGUUAUUAUGGGUGUGGCGAAGAAUGAAAGAGAAUGAGAUUGAACCUAGUUUAUAUGCGUUUAACUUUUUACUUAAUGGAUUGGUAAAUUCUAUGUUUGUUGAAUCUACGGAGCAGGUUUUCAAGGUUAUGGAGAACAGUAAAAUUAGGCCAGAUGUUGUCAAUUAUAAUACCAUGAUUAAAGGAUAUUGUAAGGCAGGAAAAACCCAGAAAGCAAUGGAAAAAUUACAAGCUAUGGAGACAAUAAAUUUGGAGCCAGAUAAGGUUACUUAUAUGACAUUGAUGCAGGCAUGCUAUUCAGAGGGGAAUUUUGAUUCUUGUUUGGGUUUGUAUCAUGAAAUGGUGGAGAAGAGCUGUGAAGUUCCGCCUCAUGCGUAUAGUUUGAUUAUUGGAGGACUUUGUAAAGACGGGAAAUGUCUUGAAGGAUAUGCUGUUUUUCAGAAUAAGAUUCGGAUUUGGUUUAAAGCAAAUGUGGUGAUUUAUACAAUUGUGAUAGAUGCAUUUGCAAGAUGUGGAAGGAUGGAAGAUGCAUUAAAGCUAUUUGAGGGGAUGAAAACUGAUGGGUUUGAACCUGAUGAGGUUUCAUAUGGGGCCAUCGUUAAUGGAUUGUGUAAGAGUGGAAGAUUAGAUGAGGCCAUGGAGUAUCUCAGGUUUUGUAGAGCUAAUGAAGUGGCAAUUAAUGCCAUGUUUUAUUCUAGUCUAAUUGAUGGGUUGGGUGAGGCUGGUAGAGUGGAUGCAGCUCAGAAACUUUUUGAAGAGAUGGUUGAGAAAGGUUGCCCACAGGAUUCAUAUUGUUAGAAUGCCCUUAUUGAUGCCCUUGCAAAGUGUGGGAGGGUCAAUGAAGCGUUAACACUCUUUAAUAUGGAGGAUGAAGGAUGUGAUCAGACAGUUUAUACAUAUACAAUACUCAAAAGAGGACUGUUCAGGGAGCAUAAAUAUGAAGAGGCAAUGAAGCUUUGGGAUAUGAUGAUUGAUAAAGGUAUCACACCAACUGCAGCCUCUUUUAGGGCUCUCUCAAUUGGGCUUUGUGUAUCAGGCAAGGUGACUAAGGCCUGCGAGAUUUUGGAUGAUCUAGCACCAAUGGGUGUUAUUCCUGAGACAGCUUUUGAAGAUAUGAUCCAUGUGCUGUGCAAAGCAGGCCGUAUCAAGGAGGCCUGCAAGUUGGCUGAUGGUAUUGUUGAUAAGGGUAGAGAAAUACCUGGAAGAAUUCGAACUGUUCUAAUCAAUGCCUUGAGAAAGGCAGGCAAUGCAGAUUUGGCCAUGAAGUUGAUGCAUGGUAAGAUUGGUAUAGGUUAUGAUAGAAUGGGCAGCAUUAAGAGGCGAGUGAAAUUCCAGAUUCUUGUUGAAAGUUGAGUAAAUUUUAUGACACAAAGGUGGUCUUGUUUUAUUGUCUAAACUCAAAGAGCUGAUUCUGAGCAAAUGCUUUAUCCUUGUCCUUCACAUAAUUCGGUUUAAGAACUAUCACUUGUCUGUUCGCUUACUAGAUAGCAGUCAAGUAACCAAUUCUGUUCAGCUGCUAAGAACAUCCAUCAUGUCAUGCUGCAAAUCCUUGGGCAUGCAUCCAAGGUAUGUACUUGGUCACUCCUUAAGAACAAUUAUUUCAAAUAUCAUAUGUAGAAAAUUUGCCCAUACACACAACAGCACCUGAUUCUGGUACUGCCAUAGAUGUAUGGUACAAGGUGCACUUUUGACUAGAUCUUAUAGAUAAUGUGUUCAUCAAGUUGUGACUCUAUAUCUAAAGACUUUGGAGAUUUUGCAUAUGACAGAUCUCUCUUCCAAAAGGUAUAAUAUUUCAGACCCAAGCAAAAUUAUGGAAUAUCAUUUAGGACCACAUAUAACUUAAUUUGCACAAAUAACUUUAUUAUAACUUAACUGCAAUUUUUUAGUUGGUUCUCUUAAAUGAAUUGUGUAGAAAAUGCUGCACAAGCAAAUAUUUUUGGUGUCAAGAGAGGAAGCCGAAGUUUUCCUUAUCAUGGCUAUCAUUUUCUAAAGUAGCUUUUGGUAUCAUUUUCAAGAUCUACAUGGUCAUCUUAUUGUCAGGGUAACCUUUUCACAGCUAAGUUAAGAUUAUCAUGUUUGGUUAACAAUUAUCAAUUAUUGGGGAUUAAGAAUCAGUG